CUCUUGGCGUCUCUACCCCUGAGGCCCUAGGCGCCUUGUACCCAGAGGCCGGGGCGUAGUCUGGUGUGGGGGUCUGGAGGCCUGUGGAGGGUAGCGGGAGAGGCGAGGGCGGACGCUCGUUGUCCCGGGGAACCUCACCUCAGAGCGCCGCGCAGGUAUUGCUUCAUCAUGCGGAACCUAAAGUUAUUUCAGACCCUGGAGUUCAGGGACAUUCAGGCACCUGGAAAACCUCAGUGCUUCUCUCUCCGUACCGAGCAGGGGACUGUGAUCAUUGGCUCAGAACAUGGGCUAACAGAAGUAGAUCCUGUCACAAGAGAAGUGAAAAAUGAAAUUCCUUUGGUGGCAGAAGGCUUUCUUCCAGAGGAUGGAAGUGUUUGCAUUGUUGGAAUUCAGGACUUGCUGGAUCAGGAGUCUGUGUGUGUGGCUACAGCUUCUGGAGAUGUCCUACUCUGCAAUCUCAAAACACACCAACUGGAAUGUGUUGGGAGUGUGGCCAGUGGUAUCUCUGUUAUGAGCUGGAGUCCUGACCAAGAGCUGGUGCUUCUUGCCACAGGUCAACAGACCCUGAUUAUGAUGACAAGAGACUUUGACCCAAUCACAGAGAAGCAAAUCCACCAAGAUGAUUUUGGCGAAAGCAAAUUUAUCACUGUUGGAUGGGGCAAGAAGGAGACCCAGUUCCAUGGUUCAGAAGGCAGGCAAGCAGCUUUUCAGAUGCAAACGCAUGAGCCUGCUUUGCCCUGGGAUGACCACAGGCCACAUGUUACCUGGCGUGGAGAUGGACAGUUUUUUGCUGUGAGUGUUGUUUGUCCAGAAACAGGAGCUCGGAAGGUCAGAGUGUGGAACCGCGAGUUUGCUUUGCAGUCAACCAGUGAACCUGUGGCAGGACUGGGACCUGUGCUGGCUUGGAAACCCUCAGGCAGUUUGAUUGCAUGUACACAAGAUAAACCCAACCAGCAAGAUGUUGUGUUUUUUGAGAAAAAUGGCCUUCUUCAUGGACAAUUUACACUUCCUUUCUUCAAAGAUGAGGUUAAGGUUAAUGAUUUGCUGUGGAAUGUGGAUUCCUCAGUGCUUGCUGUUUGGCUAGAAGACCUUCCGAGGGAAGACAGUUCCACUCUGAAAUCCUAUGUUCAGCUCUGGACUGUUGGAAACUAUCACUGGUAUCUCAAACAAAGCCUGCCCUUCAGCACCAGUGGGAAGAGCAAGAUUGUGUCCUUGAUGUGGGACCAGGUGACACCAUACCGGCUGCAUGUUCUCUGUCAGGGCUGGCAUUACCUCUGUUAUGACUGGCACUGGACAACUGACCGGAGCUCAGGAGAUAAUUCAAGUGACUUGGCAAAUGUGGCUGUCAUUGAUGGAAACAGAGUGUUGGUGACAGUCUUCCGACAGACUGUGAUCCCACCUCCCAUGAGUACCUACAGACUGCUGCUUCCACACCCAGUGAAUCAGGUCACAUUCUCUGCAAACCCUGACAAGAGCAACAACCUUGCUAUCCUAGAUGCCAGUAACCAGAUAUCUAUUUAUAAGUGUGGUGAUAGUCCAAGUGUGGAUCCGACAGUGAAGCUGGGAGCUGUGGGUGGAAAUGGAUUUAAAGUUCCCCUCAGAACACCUCAUCUGGAAAAGAGAUACACAAUUGAGUUUGAGAAUAAUGAAGAUCAAGAAGCAAACCCACUGAAACUCAGCCUUCUCACCUGGAUUGAAGAAGACAUGUUCCUGGGUGUUAGCCACAGUCAGUCUAGCCCACAGUCUGUCCUUCACCACUUGACUAUAGCCCCUUCUGAAGAGGAUAAAGAGGAAGGACAACUCAAUGUCAGUUCAUCUGUGAUGGUGGAUGGGGUUAUAAUUAGUCUAUGUUGCAGUUCCAAGACCAAAUCCUUAGCAUUACAGCUGGCUGAUGGCCAAGUACUUAAAUAUUUUUGGAAGCCACCUUCUUUAGCUGUUGAGCCAUGGAAGAACUUUGGGGGAUUUCCUGUUCGCUUUCCUUACCCAUGUACACAGAUUGAAUUGGCCAUGAUUGGAGGAGAGGAAUGUGUCCUUGGUCUGACUGACAAGUGUCGUUUUUUCAUCAAUGACACUGAGGUUGCAUCAAAUAUCACAUCAUUUGCAGUGUAUGAUGAGUUUUUAUUGUUGACAACCCAUUCCCAUACCUGCCAGUGUUUUCCCCUGAAGGAUGCUUCAUUUAAAACAUUGCAGGCAGGUCUGUGCAGCAGUCAUGUAGCUAAUGGGGAAAUUCUGCGAAAGGUGGAGAGGGGCUCACGGAUUGUCACAGUUGUGCCCCAGGACACAAAACUUAUAUUACAGAUGCCCAGGGGGAACUUGGAAGUUGUUCAUCAUCGAGCCCUCGUUUUAGCUCAGAUUCGGAAGUGGCUGGACAAACUUAUGUUUAAAGAAGCAUUUGAAUGCAUGAGAAAACUGAGAAUUAAUCUCAAUCUGAUUCAUGAUCAUAACCCAAAGGUGUUUCUUGAAAAUGUGGAAACCUUCAUAAGACAGAUAGAUUCUGUAAACCAUAUCAAUUUGUUUUUCACAGAACUGAAAGAAGAAGAUGUCACAAAAACCAUGUACCCUCCACCACUUACCAGCAGUCUUCAUCUGUCCAGAGAUCCUGAUGGGAAAAAACUGGACCUUAUCUGCGAUGCCAUGAGAGCAGCCAUGGAGACCAUCAACCCCCACAAGUACUGCCUGUCAAUACUCACAUCUCACGUGAAGAAGACGACCCCAGAGCUGGAAACCGUGCUGCAGAAAGUGCAUGAGCUUCAAGAAAAUGCUCCAGGAGUUCCUGAUGCUGUGAGUGCAGAGGAGGCCUUGAAAUAUCUGCUGCUUCUAGUAGACGUUAAUGAAUUAUACAAUCAUUCUCUUGGGACCUAUGACUUUGAUUUGGUCCUCAUGGUAGCUGAGAAGUCACAGAAGGAUCCCAAAGAAUAUCUUCCUUUUCUUAAUACUCUUAAGAAAAUGGAAGCUAAUUACCAGCGGUUCACUAUAGACAAAUACUUGAAACGAUACGAAAGAGCCAUUGGCCACCUCAGCAAAUGUGGGCCAGAGUACUUCUCAGAAUGCCUAAACUUAAUAAAAGAUAAAAACUUGUAUAAAGAAGCUCUGAAGUUAUACUCUCCAAACUCACAGCAGUAUAAGGCCAUCAGCAUUGCAUAUGGAGAGCACCUGAUACAGGAGAACCUGCAUGAACCUGCGGGGCUUGUAUUUGCCCGCUGUGGUGCCCAUGAGGAGGCUCUCUCUGCCUUUCUGACUUGUGGCAGUUGGCAACAAGCACUCUGCAUGGCAGUUCAGCUUCACUUUUCUCAAGACCAGUUGGCUGGUCUAGGGAGAACUCUGGCAGGCAAGCUAGCGGAGCAGAGGAAGCUCAGUGAAGCAGCGAUAGUUCUGGAACAGUAUGCCCAGGAUUAUGAAGAAGCUGUGCUCUUGCUUUUAGAAGGAGCUGCCUGGGAAGAAGCCCUGAGACUUGUAUACAAGUAUAAUAGACUGGAUAUUAUAGAAACCAACAUAAAGCCUUCAUUGUUAGAAGCCCAGAAAAAUUACAUGAUGUUUCUGGACUCUCAGACAUCUGCAUUUACUCGUCAUAAAGAACGCUUACAAGUAGUUCGAGAGCUCAAAGAGCAGGCACAGCAGGGAAAUGUGGAUGAUGAUGUUCAUCAUGGUCAAGAGUCAGACCUGUUCUCUGAAACCAGCAGUGUUGUGAGUGGCAGUGAGAUGAGUGGCAAAUACUCCCAUAGUAACUCCAGGAUAUCAGCGAGGUCAUCUAAGAAUCGCCGCAAAGCAGAACGAAAGAAGCACAGCCUCAAAGAAGGGAGUCCACUGGAGGAUCUGGCCCUUUUAGAGGCACUGAAUGAAGUGGUACAAAGCAUUGAAAAAAUGAAAGAUGAAGUACACAGUAUUUUAAAGGUACUCUUUCUCUUUGAGUUUGACGAGCAAGGAAGGGAAUUACAGACAGCAUUUGAGGGUACGCUACAGUUGAUGGAAAGAUCACUCCCAGAAAUUUGGACUCUUGCCUACCAGCAGACAUCAGCAAUGCCUGUUCUAGGUCCAAAUUCUACUGCAAAUAGCAUCAUGGCCUCUUAUCAGCAGCAGAAGACUUCAGUUCCGGUUCUUGAUGCUGAGAUCUUUAUACCACCAAAGAUUGACAGAAGAACUCAGUGGAAACUGAGCCUGCUAGAGUGACCAACCCCAGUUUAGAAGGCAUCAACAGAGACCAGUUCCCACUCAUUCCAUGUCCCUCCAGCCAGCCCUUCCUGCUCCUCAAGGCACUGGGCAUUGAGACCUGUGAAAUACAGUAGUGUAGUGGGAAGUACAGUGGUCUGCCUUAGUAUUGCUGAGGGCUGCCCUCUGCACCAGACCUCAGCAGAUAGUAAUGACUAUCAAAACUUUUAGUAAAAGUUUCAGCCAGUAUGUCAUUUUUUUAAAAAAAAUGCUGUUCUUAUAGUUAGUGCUGUUUGAGAGCAUGUUGGUCAUUGUGAGAUAGGUCUCAUUCCCAGUUACAGAUCUGAUUUGUACUAUAGCCUUGGACAAAUCACUAUGACUGGUACCUCCAUUCUUGUCUGUUAAUGGGGAAUGGUAUUUCAUGGCUUCUACCUCAAAAAUAUGAAGAUGAGUAAAGAUGGUUUAGACUUUU